AUGAAACCCCAUUUUCCACCCAACACCAUCCUUUGCCUUGAACUUACCAUUUGGACCAGCAGCUGUCAAACUCGUCUCUUCUCUGAAAAUUGGCAACAUCAAAACCGGAAACUCGUGGGCUCUUCGACUCGCCGCACCGCACAUUACGGCUUCUGCUGUUGCUCCCCUUCGCCAACACGCGGUUUGGCAAGUCGCCAAAAGGAGGCGGAGCAUCAGCAAAAAGAGAGAAGGGACAGAAGCCGAAGAGAGGGGCGGACAGAAGAGUCGCCAGUUCCUACCUGUUAUUGCUACUCGACGGCUGACGAAGGAGAAGGGAUGUCUCUCGUUCCUGUGAUGAUGGGGACGUCGAUGAAAGACACCAUUCUGCAAUGGAUAAUGAUUUGGAUCGGAAUACAAUCUGUCAGCGCUUUGGAAUGUUACGAUUCAUCUUAUCCGGUACCACACCGGAGAACAGAAUGUGGAGAUAAUAUGAAGUGCUAUUCGGAAUACUACGCAGUCAACAGAAGUGGAACGAUUCGACAGUACUACGACAGAUUCUGUGUUCACGAAUCACACUGUCUCUACAGAGGAAUCGACGAAUCAUGUCCGACAUUGGCACAGCUUGAUCAUAAAAUGCAGAGUCUCUUCACAAAACAUCAUGCAAAGAGUCAAGUGAAUUCAAUUCGUUUCUCCGAAUUCUGUUGUUGUUCGACGAAUCUUUGUAACGAUGUCAACCAUAAAAGGGUCUAUGACAAGUACGGACUUCAAAUAACGUUCGCGGACAACGUGUUCACAGAUGCAUCAAGCAGUCGAACCAACAUCGUCUCCAUCUCAUUCCUAAUUUGCAUAAUCUUGUACUUCGUCUCCAUUCUUUAG